AAGCAACCAAGAAAUAUAUUGAAAUUAACCUAACAAACAUCUGUCAAAAAACAAAAUGAUUAUUUGUUGUCACACGAAAAUGAAGACUUUUAAUAAAUUAUUAUGAAAUGAACCAUGUACGAAAUAUAGCAACACCAAAAAUAACAUGGAGGAAGAUAUUUGUAGGACUUGUCUGAAAUCCCCAACUAAAUUGUCAAGUCUCUAUGAAGAUGUGAAACUCAUGUACAAAAUUGAAACUAUUGCUUCAAUUGAGUUAUCUAAUGAUCCUGCUUAUCCAACAAAAAUCUGUGAGGAAUGUAUAAAUAAUGUAAACAGCUUAUUUAACUUCCGAAAGCUGAUAAUUCAGAGCAAUAAAGCAUUAACAGAAAGACUUCAAGAAGAAUACUUAAAAAAGGAAAAAGCUGCAACAGAGCAAUAUAUUAAAAUCGAAGGUGAUGUGGAAAUUAACAACCCAAUUGAAUAUGAUAGUUCUCCUGAUGAAUACCUUGAAGAGACAUCUGAAAAUAACACAAGUGAACCUGACAUAGCACCACAUAUAAAAAAUGAAACACAGGAGAAAACUAAAGUGUAUGAAUGUAAAGAAUGCAACAAAGAAUUUAGUAGCAGAUUCAAAAUGUUCAACCAUAGGAAAUUGCACACCAGCAAAGGAGUAUGUAACAUUUGUGGCAUGGUUAUUAGGAUUGAUAACUUAAAAAGGCACAUUUUGUUACAUUCUGAAACCCCAGUUACUUGUGAAGUGUGUGGAAAGAUUUUUAAGAACAGUGAAUCUUUGAGAAGUCACAAGAGAAUACACAUGGGAAUUACAUUUACUUGUGAAUUCUGUGGAAGAUGUUUUAGAGUAAAAUCAGAGUAUACCAGACAUCUUAAGGCUCAUUCAAAUCCAGAACUAGGUAAAGUAAUGUGUCAAGUUUGUGGGAAGAAAGUCCGGGACAUCAAGAGGCAUAAACAGUCUCACACUGGAGAAAAGCCACAUAAGUGCACAUUUUGCAAUAAAGGAUUUACAAGUGGUUAUGCAGUCAAGGUUCACACACGACAACAUACUAAUGAGAAACCAUUUAUUUGCGAAUUUUGUCCAAUGGCAUUUCCGCAAAAAGUUUCUUUAGUGACGCAUUUGAAAUCUAAACAUAAUAAAGAUGUUUAAGUUUUAUACAAAAUAUUUGAUAAGAAAAUCUUAGGGUACAUUAUUUUUAUAACUGAUUGUAAAUAUACAUAUAGUGUUAUUAAAUGAACAUUUUUUUAAAUCCUUCACAUUAAAUUUGACAUAAAUUUUUACUUUUUGUGAAUAUAUUUUACUUAUAAAAUAAAAGUUGUUUUAUUAU